UAUUCUCAUCUCAAAGUCUUGGUCUGAGUAGACAGGAAGUGGAGUUGACGGGCACAGGCUAUAAUUGACAAUAUAGUUUAGAGAGCGUUAGUGAUCGACACGUCGAAAUGGAACGCACCUAUCUUCUAACCUUGCUGUUGACUACACUGGUAUACUCUAGCCUCGGUCACAGGGGAGGUCGGUCUCCUUCAGCCUCUCUGAGCAUCAGUCCCGAUAGAUCUCAGUUCCUUGAAUAUAUGUAUUUUUCUCUGAGCUGUGAGGUUCAGGGGAGUUCUACUGGAUGGAGACUGAAGAGAUACACAGCGACUGUGAAACCGUCAGAGUCUGGAGUCGACUGGGGGUUCAAUCAAUCCAACUACGUCAUCAAGACAUCUAAAACAUCAGACAGUGGAGUGUACUGGUGUGAGUCUGGGUCUGGAGAACACAGCAAUGCUGUCAACAUCACAGUACACGGUGCCGCUGUGAUCUUGGAGAGCCCCGCCCUUCCUGUGACUGAGGAUGAUUCUGUGACUCUGCGCUGCAAAUAUCAGGCAACUCCCGCUGAACUCACAGCUGAUUUCUACAAAGAUGGAUCCCUCAUCGGGACUGAGACGACAGGAGAGAUGACCAUCCCUGCAGUAUCCAAGUCAGAUGAAGGGCUCUACAAGUGUAACAACUCUGAAGGAGAAUCACCAGCGAGCUGGAUGACUGUGAAAGGUUGGUCUUCAGCCUCCCUGAGUAUCAGUCCCGACAGAUCUCAGUUCCUUGAAUACAAGUCUGUCUCUCUGAGCUGUGAGGUUCAGGCGAGCGCUGCUGGAUGGAGACUAAAGAGGUACACAGUGACUGGAGUCGACUGGGGGUUCAAUCACGGUUCCAACUACGUCAUCAAGACAGCCAAAACAUCAGACAGUGGAGUGUACUGGUGUGAGUCUCGGUCUGGCCAAUGCAGCAAUGCUGUCAACUUCACAGUACACGGUGGCGCUGUGAUCCUGGAGAGCCCCGCCCUUCCUGUAACUGAAGGAGAUUCCGUGACUCUGCGCUGCAGACAUGAAGACAAGAAAACGAAGGACACGUCCUCAAACCUCACAGCUGAUUUCUACAAAGAUGGAUCCCUCAUCAGGACUGAGACGACAGGAGAGAUGACCAUCCCUGCAGUAUCCAAGUCAAAUGAAGGGCUCUACAAGUGUAACAACUCUGAAGGAGAAUCACCAGAGAGCUGGAUGACUGUGACAGGCCCAGGGCCUGUGUGGUCCAUCUCUCUGCCCAGGCUGCUGUGUAGUCUACUGGUGGUGUCUCCCUACCUGCUGGUGACCAUCGUACUGCUGGUGAAAUUCCAUAGGCGCCGUGCUCAAGGGGAAACCAGGGAACCCAGGAAGACACACCAAGACCAACCAGGUCAGCAUGUUGAAGAGUGAGCUCACCGGAUCACCAUAACAAUGGAACGCACGGACUUCUAAUCCGGAACUGUGAAACACCGUUAUUUCUUAGCUUUUAGCUUUGCAUGCUGGUACAAUAGUGCCAAUUUAUAAAUGUGAUUUGUGAACUAUAUCCUUUUUUUUGUUUACUAUAUCUUUAAGAAAUGUAUGCAAAAUCAUUUCUAUGUUUUAAUGUUUUAAUCCAUGUUUUAUGGGGAAUUAGUAGAUUUUUAUCUGGAUUCAUCUAUAUCAUUUUCUUGGUGCACUUAGUGUUAAUUCAGGUGCUAUGAUAUUAUAAUCAAUCAAUUGUCAAUGUCCUAAUUUUUCAUCGCUAUACACACAACACAGAUUUAGUGUACACUACUUUGAUGUAGACAUAUUAUUAACGUUCUGGUACUUAUACAAUGUUUAUUUACAUGUGUCUAGAGUAGAAAACAAAACAAGUCAAUAUAUCUUUGCUGUUAAGCAAUAACUAAUGACGCA